AUGUCAGAGGCAAAGACAGAGAUUGCGUCCUCUCCAGGGACUGCUCGACCAUACGACUCGAAGCUGGGGAUCGUGACUGGAGGCUCACGAGGAAUUGGUGCUGCUGUUGCUGCCAGAUUGGCCGCCAAAGGAUGCAAUCUACUCCUCGUAUACACGUCCGAUUCAUCGACUGAACCUACCAAGAAGUUCUGCAGUGAACUGUCAUCUUCCCACAAGGUUCAAUGCUCUGCUGUGCAGGCCGACUUGAGCAGCCCGGCUGAGGCUGCAGCAAAGAUUGUUGAGGCAGCACGAUCUUUCUUUGGCUCAUACAGCCCGAACAGGCCGUUCCAAAUUGAUAUACUCAUCAACAAUGCCGGCGUUGCUUCGAAUCAGCACAUGAAUGACCCUAAGCAGGGUCCUAUUCAAGAAACCGAGUUUCAACGUGUAUACUCCGUCAAUGUCCUGGCUCCGCUUCUCCUCACACAAGCUGUCGCCCUGCAUCUCCCCGCAAACCGAGCUGGUCGCAUCGUGAAUGUUUCGAGCGUAUCGUCAUCCAUCGGCUAUCAGGGACAGUCCGUCUAUGCGGGGAGCAAAGCGGCCCUCGAAGCCAUGACACGGACCUGGAGCCGUGAGCUGGCCUCUCGUGCCACAGUCAAUGCUGUCAACCCUGGGCCUGCAUGGGGAGACAUGUAUGCGGCCGCCGGAAAGACGUUUUGGGACAUCAACCAGCCCUAUGUCGACGCAGCGCCUCUAGCGCAAUAUGACGGCGAGGCUGAUGUCCUAGCCAUGGCAGGACCGGACGCCGAGCGCUUCGACCAUAUCGUACGCGAGUCGAUGGGUGGCCGACGGCCAGGAUUCACGAGUGAGAUUGCAGGCACCAUCGACAUGCUGUGCUCAGCGGAGAGUGGGUGGACUACGGGCAGCGUUAUCUGUGCCAACGGAGGCAUGAAGAUGUCUAUCGCUUAG